AUGUCAACCGAAACCGUGGUUACGCCUUUAAUAUCACCAUCCUCCUCCAAUGUCGAGUUGCAACGGUCACGGUCGACUACUAUCUCUCGCCAAAAGUCGCUAAAUCGCAUGUUGUCAUCAGCGACACGUCGUAAACGACGUGGAAGAGCCGAUAGCGAAAGCAUUCCAAACAAAGAGGAAAAGCCUUUAUCAAGACAACGAUCGUUGAGCGAGAUGAUGAAUCGGUUGACAUCCUCUUUUCGAUCACGCUCGGCUAAUCGAUCACCAAAAUCAUCCUCCUUUUCCACCAAGAUUGAAGAUUACGAGACGUAUCGCUUGAUAGGCUCAGGGGCAACCGCUGCUGUGUUUUCUGCUGUGCAUACACCAUCCCGAUAUCCAGUAGCUAUUAAAAAGGUCAAUUUGGAAUUGCUUGAUAAGGGUCAAGAGGAUGCUUCUCGAUUGGAUGCUUUACGUAAAGAGAUCCAGAUCAUGACCUUGUGUCGCCAUACCCAUUUGCUCCCUGUUUACCAGAGCUUUGUAUCCCUAUCACAUUUGUAUAUUAUCACGCCGAUCAUGUCAGCAGGGUCCUGCCAUGAUCUACUAGUACACACGCAACACGAGGGUCUGGAAGAGCCCAUUGUCGCAUGCAUUGUCAAGCAAGUGAUGCUUGGUUUGGAGUACCUUCACGAUAAUGGGCUUGUGCACCGUGACGUCAAAUCCGCCAAUCUGCUUUUGGACCGGGAUACUGGAACUGUCAAGCUAGCCGAUUUUGGAGUGAGCAACCAUCUUCGUACAAUGGAUGUGGUCACAGCUACAAAAACAACAACACCACCACGAAGCUCUUCAUCAGCAGGUGCUUCAAUAGCAUCUUGUAGUCAACGCUCACGUUAUCGACAACGACAACAACAACAACAACAAGCAAGACUUAAACCCGUUGGCGGUGGUGGUUCAACAUCCGACGACACUAAUACAACGGCGGAAGAAGAUGCAUUGUCAGAUUCAUUUAUGCAGAUGCUAUUGCCACCAUUGGCUGUUGUCGCUGCUGACAAACCACCUAGUAUUGAUGUACCCAGUGUGCGUAUCUCACAAGCAUCCACAUUGGUGUUGAGUCCUCAAGGAACCCAUGUGGGAGAUGAUGAUGAAGCAAGAAGUCGACUUUUGGUACCUGGUGGUGGUGGUGGUGGUGGUUCAAGUCAUCACUCUGGUGGACUUUCAUGUGAUUCCUCAUUUAGUCGUCCAAGCAAGAAUGCAGUACGCAGGUCGUUUGUUGGCACACCUUGCUGGAUGGCUCCUGAAAUUCUGAAAAAUCGUGAAUACAAUACCCUUGUUGACAUUUGGUCAUUGGCUGUCACUGCCAUUGAGUUGGCCUGUGGCCGACCCCCUUACACGGAUCAUGAUCCCAUGGCGAUUUUCUCCAUGAUAGUCAAUGAUCCACCACCUACAUUAGCAUCCAGUGGAUGUCAAUAUGACUAUACCAUUUAUUUUCAGAGCUUUUUGGAUCAAUGUUUGCACAAAGACCCAGAGUCACGUUGCUCGGCAACGGAAGCUUUGGCACAUCCAUUCUUGAAAAGAGCACCCACACCCCAAUUGCUGAUGCGAUUUUUGGCCAAGAUCGAUUUGGAUAAACGUCCUGAUUUACAUUAUCAUGGUGUACCAGCCAUUGUGGGUUCUGGUGGACGCAAUCAUCAUCACCAUGUAGGAGCAGGCCAAGCAUGGGAUUUUUCACCAAGACAAUCGGUACAGCUUCGUGACCCUGAAGAAGAAGAAGAAAAUUCGCCUUUGGAUUCUGAACCACCCAUGACACCUCCACAAGAACUCAAUGAUAGCAUCACUUCACAAACAGGCAUCCUACAACAUCAUCAUUAUCAUCAAGAGGAGUGCAGUAGCCCCAUUGCCCUUGAUGUCGAUUUGACCAAGGUCGGUCAACAUAUGCGUCAGGUCGCCUAA